AUGGCUGGCAAAAAGAAAGAAGUAAUCUUGCAGGUCGGUCGGUCAAACAUACCUUUUUAGCAGAUAUCCAAGGUGGGAGUGAUGGGCCGCUCAAUCUGUGAUCAGAAUGUAACGUUAGCUAACACUGCUGUUCUUUUUUUGGUACUAUUUUCUCCAGGCGUCUGUCGCAAACCAAGAGCAAUGGGAUGAGAUGCUUGCAACUAAAGGGUUAACAGGUAAGAAUGAUGUGCUUUGUUUGCAUAUACUUACUUACACGUAGCCGUUUCUCCCUGGCUGUAUGUUGUGACUUGUUUGUUUCAUUAUUGCAAUGAAAACGUUCCUCUUACUCGGUUAUUCAAAGAGAAAUGUAUGAUUGACUUCCACUGCAUGCUGCUGCCCCCAUGUGUUCAUGCUGGUUACUGCAGGAUGUGCCUACAUAGUACUAACUCCUGUCCUGUGUCUCUGUCCCUUUCAGUUGUAGAUGUGUACCAGCAGUGGUGUGGUCCAUGCCGUGCUGUUGUCAGCUUACUGAGGAAGAUCAAAAAUGAACUGGGAGAUGACCUGUUACAUUUUGCCACGGUGAACACAACAGACAAAUAUCAUUACAUUUAGAAUGAUAUUUCUGAAAACAUUAUAUUUAAAAAGGCUUUUGUUUAAAUUGAACUGGUUUUCCUUGCAGGCAAAAGCUGACAGUAUUGAUGCUCUAGAAAGGUACAGGGGGAAGUGUGAGCCCACCUUCCUGUUCUAUGGGGUAAGUGUCUCUCUCUCUCUCUCUCUCUCUCUCUCGUCAGCUAGAGUCGGAGCUCUAGAGUAGCUUGCUCUCUCUCUCUGAGCGAGAGCUCGAGAUCUCUCGCUCCUCUCCUACUCUCUCUCUCGCUCUCUCUCGUCUCUCAUCUAGCCUCGCAACUAGCUCCGCCUCACUCUUCUCCUCGCUCUCUCUCUACUCCUCUCACGCACUCUCUCCUCGCUCUCUCUUCUUCUCUCUCUCCACUCUCUCUCUCGUCUCCUUGUGUGGGGGGCUAAUGAUCCUCUCCUCCAGAGGAUGAUGACCCUAACCUCUGUAUCUGGUUCAGGGGGGUGAGAUGGUGUGUGUGCUGCGGGGGGCUAACGCACCUCUUCUCCAGAGGAUGGUGUUGGAGGAACUGGCCAGGGAGAAGACUGUCCUGGAGGAGGGAGGGGAACGCAGAGUGGUGACAGACAGACAGACAGACACAAACACACACAUGCACUUGCAAACAGCAAGGUACACUCAAACAUGCUGAUUGCUUGAGAGUUUAAAAAAUCACUCUGUUUUGUGUUGUUCAGGUGAAAGAUGACGGUUUGAUAGAUGAGGAAGAGGAGGAGGAUCAGAGUGAUGAAGAUGUACUUGGUACUGUAGCUACUUAUACACCUUAUGUGGUCCUUUUAAUCAUUUUCUGUCAACUUUAACCAGUGUUUUACAGCCAAGGAACUCUCUGUCUGUAGUUCCAGCCAGUAAAUCAUACACGGUGGCCAUCAUCAAACCAAACGCUGUGGGUCACGGCAAAGCUAGUGAGAUUAUCAUGAAGAUUCAGGAUGCCGGGUUUGAGAUCCUAGCCCACGAGGAGAGAACGCUGAGCGACUCUGAAGCACGAGAUUUCUACCAGAACAAAGCAGGACAGGUCAGUAGAUUUCUACCAGAUCAAAGCAGGAGAGGUCAGUAGAUUUCUACCAGAACAAAGCAGGACAGGUCAGUAGAUUUCUACCAGAACAAAGCAGGAGAGGUACAGUACAGAGAACCAAAGAGGAGAAUGUUUAAAUCUGCUGAAGAUGUCAGAGUGUUAUGUUAUGUUAAAAACAGAUACUGUGCUGCUCCUACAGAGGUACACAUAUUCACCAUCUUGGCAGCCUCCCAGACAAACAUACAUUCACUCAGCAGCACAUAACAUCACACCGAUAGUAGUGGAUAAACAUCCUUCUCAAAGCAUGUUGUUAGACAUCACACUCUCACGUAGAUGCAGUAUUCCAUACAACAUGCCCCAAAUAGACAUGCUGACUAAGGGUUCACCAUGCAGUUCAUGGCUGUAGCCAAUUAUAGCUAAGAGAUUUAGAAAUAGGUGGAAAAUGUGUUGUAAAUCAUAGGAAGAGCUACAACAUGUGUACAUUACACUGUGAGCUGGUUUUCCAGCCCCAGAUUAAGCCCAAUCAUACACUAAAAAGUUAUUUCAAUGGAGAUUUACAUUUGAUAAUUUACCAUUGAGUAUGCUUUCCAGGCUAGGACUAGGCUUAAUCUGUGUCCGGGAACCUGGCUUUAUAUGUUUAGCCUAACUCAAGAUUCAGUCAUCAUUCCCUGUGUGUUACCCGUUAGUAAUGGGUCGUUCGCAAACUAACAGCUCCUUUUGAACAGAUCUUUCUGGUGUACGUCUGGAACCGAAUCGCAUCUGUGAAAGAGAUGUUAAUUUGUCACCCUGAUUUGCAUACUGCUAUUACUGCUUUUUGAGCUACAGGCAACGAUUAUCUGUAGAUAAAUUAUUUUUAAAAACAUUGUCUGAAGAUGAUAACUCCUCACUGCAGGAACCAUAGGUAGUCCCGAGUGGCAAUGCAGUGCUAGCUGUGCCACUAGAGAUCCUGGUUCGAAUCCAGGCUCUGUCGUAGCCGGCCGCAACCGGGAGACCCAUGGGGCGGCGCACAAGUGGCCCAGCGUCGUCCAGGGUAGGGGAGGGAAUGGCCGGCAGGGAUGUAUCUCAGUUGGUAGAGCAUGGCGUUUGCAACGCUAAGGUUGUGGGUACGAUUCCCACGGGGGGCCAGUAUGAAAAAAAUUAAGUAAUGUAUGCACUCACUAACUGUAAGUGGCUCUGGAUAGAUGUAGAGAGAGAGACUCAUUCUGCUCAUUUUUGCAAUGUGUUAUUUUUGUAUUCUUCAUUCGUCAGGUAAAAAAAUAGAUUUGAACUCACGUUUCACGAUCUGAGAUCAUGAUAGGAAACUUUUUUUGGCUUUAUAUUAAAAAUUUGCUAUUUAUUUUUCAUGGUUUUUCAGUCAUUUUUAAGCACUACUGAACAAAGAGCAGUUUGGGAGCCAAACGUCUCUUUUAGGUGAACAGAGCUAAAAGAUCUGGCUCACCUGAAAAUAUUCAGAAUGCCCAUCACUAUUACCUGUGUAUUCCCAGGCCUGUUUUGAGGACCUGAUCCAGUUCAUGUCCAGCGGCCCCUCCCACGUCCUGGUGAUCUCUCAGGGUGAGGGGUCAGGUCAUGUGGUGCCAGCAUGGAGGGAGUUCAUUGGUCCAGCAGACAUAGAGGAAGCCAGGAGGGAUAAACCUGAGAGGUACAGUUAAAAACAUGACAUACUCCUAAUCCAGAAACAGAUUCCUAAAUGAGAAACACAGUCCUAAUCCAGAAACAGUCCUAAUCCAGAAACAGACUCCUAAUCCAGAAACAGUCCUAAUCCAGAAACAGACUCCUAAUCCAGAAACAGACUCCUAAUCCAGAAACAGACUCCUAAUCCAGAAACACACUCCUAAUCCAGAAACACAGUCCUAUUCCAGAAACAGACUCCUAAUCCAGAAACAGACUCCUAAUCCAGAAACAGACUCCUAAUCCAGAAACAGACUCCUAAUCCAGAAACAGACUCCUAAUCCAGAAACAGACUCCUAAUCCAGAAACACAGUCCUAAUCCAGAAACAGACUCCUAAUCCAGAAACACUCCUAAUCCAGAAACAGACUCCUAAUCCAGAAACAGACUCCUAAUCCAGAAACAGUCCUAAUGCAGAAACAGACUCCUAAUACAGAAACAGACUCCAAAUCCUGAAACACACUCCUAAUCCAGAAACACACUCCUAAUCCAGAAACAGACUCCUAAUCCAGAAACAGACUCCUAAUCCAGAAACAGCACAAGGGUACAAUGCUCAAUGAUCAUAAUAUUAAAGGGACAUAAAUUCAAUAUUCAUUACAAACAUUUGAUGGCUUUUAAUAUGUGUACAACACAUAAGUGCUUAGUUUUAGGCCUGUGUGGACAUUCACUUCACUGAAUGAAGACCGCAUGUAUCUACACAGAUUGUUGCUCCAACAGAACAGACACACCCAAGGUAACGUUUCUCUCCUCACUAUGCUCACUGGUCACCAGCAGAGUAACCAUCUGCCCUCCUAUUCCCCUCUUCUCUCCCUCUCUCCUCCUCCUCCUCCCCUCCUCUGUCUCCCCUCCCCCCCUCCUUCUACUUCCUCUCCCCUCUGUCUCCCCUCCUCCUCUCCCUCCUCCUCUGUCUCCCCUCCCCCCCUCCUUCUCCUUCCUCUCCCCUCUCCCCCUCUCCUCCUCCCUCCCCUAGCCUACGUGCCCAGUAUGGCAGUGAAACCUUGUUCAACGCGCUCCACGGUAGUGACGACAGCCACCAGGCCAGCAGGGAGCUGGCCUUCUUCUUCCCCAGCUUCAGGACCUCUUCCCGGGCAGAGCAGCACGAGGAGGAAGGGCGAGUGGAGAGGACACUGGCUAUCAUCCGGCCCGACCUCGCCAGGGAGAGCAGAGGUGGGGGCCUGCCAAUUACUGGACACAAAUACAAAUACCAGGACAUCAGCAUCACAGGCCAGGCCUGUAUUUAGUGAAGAAGUCAUUCGCGUUCUGAGAUAUUCAACGUUUCAUCCUCACACCGUUUAUUAGCGAUUCCUCAACAAAUAAAUAUCAGAAAUAGUCUUGAAGCAAAUUUAAACAUACUUUUGUUUGCCUUUUCUAAAGUAUUGUGUUCCAGAUGAGAUCUGGUCUGGUCUCAAUGAGGCUGGCUUCAGUAUUGUUGUGUUUUCCAGAUGAGAUCUUGUCUCGUAUCCACGAGGCUGGCUUCACUGUGUCUCUCCAGAAAGAGGUGAUGUUAACAGAGGAACAGGCCAGACAGUUCUACAGACGACAGGUAGACCAGGACUACUUCCCUGUCCUACUGCACAACAUGACCAGGUAACCAUCUGCUUCCCUGUCCUACUGCACAACAUGACCAGGUAACCAUCUGACACUUCCCUGUCCUACUGCACAACAUGACCAGGUAACCAUCUGACACUUCCCUGUCCUACUGCACAACAUGACCAGGUAACCAUCUGACACUUCCCUGUCCUACUGCACAACAUGACCAGGUAACCAUCUGACACUUCCCUGUCCUACUGCACAACAUGACCAGGUAACCAUCUGACAAAUGAAACACUAGAGAACUACAAUAUCAAAGCAAGAUCACACAUCAACUACCAACUGGGCACUCAAACAGAAUCAGUGACCUCGAAACUCAGGGUUCUAUUAUCCCCCCAGUCUAUUUCCCCUAACUAUUAUUCACCCCCUCUCUAUUUCCCCCAGUCUAAUUAUUCCCCCUAGUCUAUUAUCCCCCCUAGUCUAUUAUUCCCCUAGUCUAUUAUUCCCCCCCUAGUCUUAUUCCCCCUAGUCUAUUAUUCCCCCUAGUCUCUUAUUCCCCCCUAGUCUAUUAUUCCCCCCUAGUCUAGUCUAUUAUUCCCCCUAGUCUAUUAUUCCCCCCUAGUCUAUUAUUCCCCCUAGUCUAUUAUUCCCCCCCUAGUCUAUUAUCCCCCUAGUCUAUUAUUCCCCCUAGUCUAUUAUUCCCCCUAGUCUAUUAUUCCCCCUAGUCUAUUAUUCCACCCCCCUAGUCUAUUAUUCCCCCUAGUCUAUUAUUCCCCCUAGUCUAUUAUUCCCCCCUAGUCUAUUAUCCCUGUAUAUCCCCCUAGUCUAUUAUUCCCCCCCUAGUCUAUUAUUCCCCCUAGUCUAUUAUUCCCCCUAGUCUACUUAUUCCCCCUAGUCUAUUAUUCCCCCCUAUCUAGUCCCUAUUAUUUCCCCCCCUAGUCUAUUAUUCCCCCUAGUCUAUUAUUCCCCCCCUAGUCUAUUAUUCCCCCUAGUCUAUUAUUCCCCUAGUUAUUAUCCCCCCUAGUCUAUUAUUCCCCCUAGUCUAUUAUUCCCCCUAGUCUAUUAUUCCCCCUAGUCUAUUAUUCCCCCUAGUCUAUUAUUCCCCCUAGUCUAUUAUUCCCCCCUAGUCUAUUAUUCCCCCUAGUCUAUUAUUCCCCCCCUAGUCUAUUAUUCCCCCUAGUCUAUUAUUCCCCCUAGUCUAUUAUUCCCCCUAGUCUAUUAUUCCCCUCCCCUAGUCUAUUAUUCCCCUAGUCUAUUAUUCCCCCCCUAGCUCCCCUAGUCUAUUAUUCCCCACCCCUAGUCUAUUAUUCCCCCAGUCUUUAUCCCCCUAGUCUAUUAUAUUCCCCCCAGUCUAUUAUUCCCCCUAGUCUAUUAUUCCCCCCUAGUCUAUUAUUCCCCCUAGUCUAUUAUUCCCCCUAGUCUAUUAUUCCCCCUAGUCUAUAUUCUAUUAUUCCCCCUAGUCUAUUAUUCCCCCACCCUAGUCUAUUUUCUUAUUCCCAUUUUUUAUUUCCCCCCUAGUCUAUUAUUCCCCCCUAGUCUAUUAUUCCCCCUAGUCUAUUAUUCCCCCUGGUCUAUUAUUCCCCCUAGUCUAUUAUUCCCCCCCUAGUCUAUUAUUCCCCCUAGUCUAUUAUUCCCCCCCUAGUCUAUUAUUCCCCCCCCUAGUCUAUUAUUCCCCCUAGUCUAUUAUUCCCCCCCUAGUCUAUUAUUCCCCCUAGUCUAUUAUUUCCCCCCCUAGUCUAUUAUUCCCCCCCUAGUCUAUUAUUCCCCCUAGUCUAUUAUUCCCCCUAGUCUAUUAUUCCCCCCCUAGUCUAUUAUUCCCCCCUAGUCUAUUAUUCCCCCUAGUCUAUUAUUCCCCCCCUAGUCUAUUAUUCCCCCCCUAGUCUAUUAUUCCCCCUAGUCUAUUAUUCCCCCCCUAGUCUAUUAUUCCCCCCCUAGUCUAUUAUUCCCCCCCUAGUCUAUUAUUCCCCCUAGUCUAUUAUUCCCCCUAGUCUAUUAUUCCCCCCCUAGUCUAUUAUUCCCCCUAGUCUAUUAUUCCCCCUAGUCUAUUAUUCCCCCUAGUCUAUUAUUCCCCCUAGUCUAUUAUUCCCCCCAUGUCUGUUACAGUGGUCCUGUGUGGCUCUGUUGACUGUUUUUCUGUUACAGUGGUCCUCUGUUGGCUCUGGCCCUGGCCAGGACAGGAGCUGUGGACCACUGGAGGCAACUUCUGGGUCCGAAAGACGUCAGCAGGGCCAGGGAGGAGCAACCCCACUGGUACCACUAGCCCUUAUAAAGUGCACUACUUUUGACUAGGUAACAUAGGACUCUGGUACCAUAGGACUCUGGUCCUAUAGGACUCUGGUACCAUAUGGCUCUGGUCCCAUAGGACUCUGGUACCAAAGGUCUCUGGUCCCAUCUGGUCCCAUAGGGCUCUGGUCCCAUAGGGCUCUGGUACCAUAGGGCUCUGGUCCCAUAGGACUCUGGUACCAUAUGGCUCUGGUACCAUAGGACUCUGGUCCCAUAGGGCUCUGGUCCCAUAGGGCUCUGGUCCCAUAGGACUCUGGUACCAUAGGACUCUGGUACCAUAGGACUCUGGUCCCAUAGGACUCUGGUACCAUAUGGCUCUGGUACCAUAGGACUCUGGUCCCAUAGGACUCUGGUCCCAUAGGUCUCUGGUCCCAUCUGGUCCCAUAGGACUCUGGUCCCAUAGGGCUCUGGUACCAUAGGACUCUGGUCCCAUCUGGUCCCAUAGGACUCUGGUACCAUAGGGCUCUGGUCCCAUAGGACUCUGGUCCCAUCUGGUCCCAUAGGACUCUGGUCCGAUCUGGUCUCAUAGGACUCUGGUCCCAUAGGUCUCUGGUCCCAUCUGGUCCCAUAGGUCUCUGGUCCCAUCUGGUCCCAUAUGACUCUGGUCCCGUAGGACUCUGGUCCCGUAGGACUCUGGUCCCAUAGGACUCUGGUCGUAAGUAGUGUGUAUGUACACUGAGUGUACAUUAAGAGCAGUCUUUAUUGUCGCUGGUGACUUUAACCAAGCAUGUUUAAAACAUAUGUUCCCAAAAUAUCCCCAACAUGUGUCCUGCCCCACAAGAGGAAUCAAUGUGCUGGACCAUGUACACUGAGUGGACAAAACAUUAAGAACACCUGCUCUUUCCAUGACAUAGACUGACCAGGUGAAUCCAGGUGAAAGCUAUGAUCCCUUAUUGAUGUCACUUGUUAAAACCACUUCAAUCAGUGUAGAUGAAGGGGAGGAGACAGUUUUAAAGAAGGAUUUUUUAAGCCUUGAGACAAUUGAGACAUGGAUUGUGUAUGUGUGCCAUUCCAGAGGGUGAAUGGGCAAGACAAAAUAUUUAAGUGCCUUUGAAAGGGGUAUGGUAGUAGGUGCCAGGCGCACCGGUUUGUAUCAAUACCUUUUUUCACGCUCAACAGUUUCCAGCGUGUAUCAACAAUGGUCCACCACCCAAAGGACAUCCAGCAAACUUGACACAACUGUGGGAAGCAAUGGAGUCAACAUGGGCCAGCAUCCCUGUGGAACGCAGAGUCAACUAGGGACUAAAAUAAAUCUUAGUCGACCGAGAGUCGUCUGUUCUUUUGACCAAUUGGUCUGAAUUUUAAAACGUAUUGUUCCAUAUUUAGACACACCAAAUGUUAGAAUAAAAUCAACUAUACAGCGGCUUGCCAAAGUAUUCAUCCCCCUUGGCAUUUUUCCUAUUUUGUUGCCUUACAACCUGGAAUUAAAUUGGAUUUUCUGGGGGUUUGUAUCAUUUGAUUUACACAACAAGCCUACCACUUUGAAGAUGCUAAAUAUUUUUUGGGGUGAAACAAACAAGAAAUAAGACAAUAAAACAGACAAUUUGAGCGUGCAUAACUAUUCACCCCCCCAAAGUCAAUACUUUGUAGAGCCAUCUUUUGCAGCAAUUACAGCUGCAAGUCUCUUGGGGUAUGUCUCUAUAAGCUUGGCACAUUUAGCCACUGGGAUUUCUGCCCAUUCUUCAAGGCAAAACUGCUCCAGCUCCUUCAAGUUGGAUGGGUUCCGCUGGUGUACAGCAAUCUUUAAGUCAUACCACAGAUUCUCAAUUGGAUUGAGGUCUGGGCUUUGACUAGGCAAUUCAAAUACAUUUCAAUGUUUCCCCUUAAACCACUUGAGUGUUGCUUUAGCAGUAUGCUUAGGGUCAUCGUCCUGCUGGAAGGUGAACCUCCGUCCCAGUCUCAAAUCUCUGGAAGACUGAAACAGGUUUCCCUCAAGAAUUUCCCUGUAUUUAGCGCCAUCCAUAAUUCCUUCAAUUCUGACCAGUUUCCCAGUCCCUGCCGAUGAAAAACAUCCCACAGCAUGAUGCUGCCACCACCAUGCUUCACUGUGGGGAUUGUGUUCUCGGGGUGAUGAGAGGUAUUGGGUUUGCGCCAGACAUAGCAUUUUCCUUGAUUGUCAAAAAGCUCAAUUUUAGUCUCAUCUGACCAGGGUACCUUCUUCCAUAUGUUUGGGGAGUCUCCCACAUGCCUUUUGGCGAACACCAAACAUGUUUGCUUAUUUCUUUCUUUAAGCAAUGGCUUUUUUCUGGCCACUCUUCCGUAAAGCCCAGCUCUGUGGAGUGUACGGCUUAAAGUGGUCCUAUGGACAGAUACUCCAAUCUCCGCUGUAGAGCUUUGCAGCUCCUUCAGGAUUAUCUUUGGUCUCUUUGUUGCCUCUCUGAUUAAUGCCCUCCUUGCCUGGUCCGUGAGUUUUGGUGGGCGGCCCUCUCUUGGCAGGUUUGUUGUGGUGCAAUAUAAUUUCCAUUUUUUAAUAAUGGAUUUUUAAAAAAUGGUGCUCCGUGGGAUGUUCAACGUUUCGGAUAUUUUUUUUAUAACCCAACCCUGAUCUGUACUCCUCCACAACUUUGUCCCUGACCUGUUUGGAGAGCUCCUUGGUCUUCAUGGUGCCACUUGCUUGGUGGUGCCCCUUGCUUAUGGGUGUUGCAGACUCUGGGGCCUUUCAGAACAGAAGUAUAUAUACUGAGAUCAUGUGACACUUAGAUUGCACACAGGUGAACUUUAUUUAACUAAUUAUGUGACUUCUGAAGGUAAUUGGUUGCACCAGAUCUUAUUUAAGGGCUUCAUAGCAAAGGGGGUGAAUACAUAUGCACGCACCACUUUUCCGUUAUUUAUUUUGUAGAAUUUUUUGAAACAAGUUAUUUUUUUCAUUUCACUUCACCAAUUUGGACUAUUUUGUGUAUAUCCAUCACAUGAAAUCCAAAUAAAAAUCAAUUUCAAUUACAGGUUGUAAUGCAACAAAAUAGGAAAAACGCCAAGGGGGAUGAAUACUUUUGCAAGGCAAUGUAUGUACGCUACUGAGCUUGUCUAUUGCUUUUAAGCACUGCGAUUAAAAAUGAAGACACACAAAUUACUAAAGAGUGAGCCAGAGAUCAAAAUAGCCUAACCAGAAGAAAAAAAACCUGUUCCCGACCCUCCUCCUCCCGACCCUCCUCCUCCCGGCCCUCCUCCUCCCGGCCCUCUUCCUCCCGACGACCCUCCUCCCAACUCUCCUCCCGACCCCCCUCCUCCCGACCCUCCUCCUCCCGGCCUUCCUCCUCCCGACCCCCUUCCUCCCGACGACCCUCCUCCCGACUCUCCUCCCGACCCUCCUCCUCCCGACCCUCCUCCUCCCGACCCUCCUCCUCCCGGCCCCCCUCCUCCCGGCCCUCCUCCUCCUCCCGACCCUCCUCCUCCCGGCCCUCCUCCUCCCGACCCUCCUCCUCCCGACCCUCCUCCUCCCGACCCUCCUCACGCUGCUUCUGGUCGUUGCAGAUUCGGCCGUUACGCUCCUGAAGUUGCCGGUAAUAGGCUACACCAGCGGUCGGAAACCUUUUCCGUUUGGAGUGCCAAGUUAUCGUAACAUUUCUACUGAUCUGCGUACCAAUUAUGAUUUUCAUAUGCACGUUUUCGUGGAACAGUUUAAUUUAAUUUAUAAUAAAGUCUUCAUAUCUUAAAAUCAAUGUCGUGGUUAAUAAAAAUUACAUAGAAAUGAAAAUGAUACAAAUCCAACAAAUAAAAAACAUUGCAACCUGCAGGUAGAAAAUAUCCUGAUAAAAAAUGAAUAUCCUAUAAGUAAAUCACAUUGGCUACGCAUGGCCUGUCUGCAAGGAACUUAAAACUAUUACCUUUGUCCGGCCCAAGCUCAUGCUAGCAACCUUGCAACAUUGUACAACAUAUUCUGGGCCCUCAGAGUUUCCUGUGCCAGUGAGCUCUGGACAGACAGACACAGCUGUAGGCUAUUUGCACAAGGAUAAGAAGUAAUCAGGUAGGCCUUUUUUAUGACGUUUCCACUAGAUCAGAGCGUGACAUUAUUUUCCCUUUUCAUGCUGAUUGGUUAUCGAAAGGGAAAGUACCUGGAACAUUUUUUCCAAUAGGCUACGCUAAGGAACUAUUAUUCUCAAUGGAUGUAAAAACAGACUUUGUUUACUUGCUGUUUGAGGUGAAGAAAAAAUUACUUUGAGAAGCUCCACAGUGAUGGCGAGUUAAGACAAUCAGAAAUAGUAUCAGAUCCUCAAUUGGGCACAUUUAUAAGCCUACAUUAUCACACAGGCCAGGUAGCCUACUUCUAUGCGUAAUCAGGUGCGUGUCCUUACUCAAGAUUGACAAGGAGCGCUCCAAACAAAAGACAAUGAAUCAGUUGAGAACUUGUAAAUAUAAUGAAAUAAACCAAAACUGUGUAGCCUAGAUUGUGCGCUCUGCCAACAACGUGUCCAUGACAACGGUCAGACUAAUAAUAAUAAUAUAUUCAAUGCAUAAACAGAAAUGACAGUAAUUUAAAACAAACAUUGUAGAUGAUAAAUGAUGGUAAUUAACAGUAAAUAUACUACUACUGGGGAUACUGGUGUUCCUCCACAAUCUAUUAGUCUACUAAGACAGACGUGGAUCAGACAGCUGUCUCAUGUGCCAUAAUAUGUUUUUAAAUAUAUUUGCCACUGCUCAACUAAAAAGAUAUUGGUCUACCAACAGCCUAUCGACCAAACAAUCGACCAGUCGACUAAUGGGGUCAGCCCUAGAGGUCGACUAAUGGGGUCAGCCCUAGAGGUCGACUAAUGGGGUCAGCUUUAGAGGUCGACUAAUGGGGUCAGCCCUAGAGUCAACAUGGGCCAGCACUUUCGACACCUUGUAGAGUCCAUGCCCCAACGAAUUGAGGCUGUUCUGAGGGCGAAAGGGAAGGGUGCAACUGUUCUGAGGGCAAAUGGGAAGGGUGCAACUGUUCUGAAUGUUUUAUACACUCAGUGUCUACAGAACGGAACAGGGUACCAUUUGAGACAUGUCCCUGGACAAGAAAACACUUUUCAACCAUUAUAACCUUGUUUCCCUAAAUGUGAUACUGUGUUGAAAACAUUGCCUGUGUCCCCUCUCCUUUGUAGUGCCUCUCUCACUGUUCUCUCUCACUGUUCUCUCUCGCUGUUCUCUCUCGCUGUUCUCUCUCGCUGUUCUCUCUCGCUGUUCUCUCUCGCUGUUCUCUCUCACUGUUCUCUCUCACUGUUCUCUCUCACUGUUCUCUCUCACUGUUCUCUCUCACUGUUCUCGCUCACUGUUCUCGCUCACUGUUCUCUCUCACUGUUCUCUCUCACUGUUCUCUCUCACUGUUCUCUCUCACUGUUCUCUCUCACUGUUCUCUCUCACUGUUCUCUCUCACUGUUCUCUCUCGCUGUCCCCUCAGCCUCAGGGCCCAGUUCAUAGUGGCCAGUGAGGAGGACCAGAUGAACCAGCUCCAUGGCAGUGCCAGCAGGGAGGAGGCAGAGGAGGAGAUCCACUUCUUCUUCCCUAAACAGCAGACUCUGGCCAUCAUUAAGCCUGAUGCCAUGGCCGAACAUAGAGGUACAUUCUCUAAAUCAGUCAAUCAAUCAAUACAUAAUAUGCUGUAAAUUCAUUAACUAUGUACCCGUUAUCCAAACCGGUCCUUAGUCAGUUGUACAGCAGGGUAUAAAGUGAGCACAUGUACUCUCUACUCAACCUCCCUUCCUCCCCCUCUCAGAGGAGAUCCUGGGGGAGAUCCGUGCUGCAGGUUUCUCUAUCUCCCAGCUGAAGGAGGCGGUGUUGUCCAGAGACAUGGCUGAGGAGCUCUACAGAGAGCACAGAGACAAACCUUUCUACAGACAGCUGGUUGACUUCAUGUGCAGGUAGAAUCCUAUCUAUCUGGCUAUGGGUUAGAGGUCAGCUCUGGGUUAGUGUUGGAGGUCAGCUCUGGGUUAGAGAUCAGCUCUGGGUUAGAGGUCAGCUCUGGGUUAGAGGUCAGCUCUGGGUUAGUGCUGGAGGUCAGCUCUGGGUUAGAGGUCAGCUCUGGGUUAGAGGUCAGCUCUGGGUUAGAGAUCAGCUCUGGGUUAGAGGUCAGCUCUGGGUUAGAGAUCAGCUCUGGGUUAGAGGUCAGCUCUGGGUUAGAGAUCAGCUCUGGGUUAGAGAUCAGCUCUGGGUUAGAGGUCAGCUCUGGGUUAGUGUUGGAGGUCAGCUCUGGGUUGGAGGUCAGCUCUGGGUUAGAGAUCAGCUCUGGGUUAGAGGUCAGCUCUGGGUUAGUGUUGGAGGUCAGCUCUGGGUUAGAGGUCAGCUCUGGGUUAGAGGUCAACUCUGGGUUAGAGAUCAGCUCUGGGUUAGAGGUCAGCUCUGGGUUAGUGUUGGAGGUCAGCUCUGGGUUAGAGGUCAGCUCUGGGUUAGAGGUCAGCUCUGGGUUAGAGGUCAGCUCUGGGUUAGAGGUCAGCUCUGGGUUAGUGUUGGAGGUCAGCUCUGGGUUAGAGGUCAGCUCUGGGUUAGAGAUCAGCUCUGGGUUAGUGCUGGAGGUCAGCUCUGGGUUAGAGGUCAGCUCUGGGUUAGAGGUCAGCUCUGGGUUAGAGGUCAGCUCUGGGUUAGAGGUCAGCUCUGGGUUAGAGGUCAGCUCUGGGUUAGAGGUCAGCUCUGGGUUAGAGGUCAGCUCUGGGUUAGAGGUCAGCUCUGGGUUAGAGGUCAUCUCUGGGUUAGAGAUCAGCUCUGGGUUAGAGGUCAGCUCUGUGUUAGUGUUGGAGGUCAGCUCUGGGUUAGAGGUCAGCUCUGGGUUAGAGGUCAUCUCUGGGUUAGAGGUCAGCUCUGGGUUAGAGGUCAGCUCUGGGUUAGAGGUCAGCUCUGGGUUAGAGGUCAGCUCUGGGUUAGAGAUCAGCUCUGGGUUAGAGAUCAGCUCUGGGUUAGAGGUCAGCUCUGGGUUAGUGUUGGAGGUCAGCUCUGGGUUAGAGGUCAGCUCUGGGUUAGAGGUCAACUCUGGGUUAGAGAUCAGCUCUGGGUUAGAGGUCAGCUCUGGGUUAGAGAUCAGCUCUGGGUUAGAGAUCAGCUCUGGGUUAGAGAUCAGCUCUGGGUUAGUGUUAGAGGUCAGCUCUGGGUUAGAGGUCAGCUCUGGGUUAGAGGUCAGCUCUGGGUUAGAGGUCAGCUCUGGGUUAGAGGUCAGCUCUGGGUUAGAGGUCAUCUCUGGGUUAGAGGUCAGCUCUGGGUUAGAGGUCAUCUCUGGGUUAGAGAUCAGCUCUGGGUUAGAGGUCAGCUCUGUGUUAGUGUUGGAGGUCAGCUCUGGGUUAGAGGUCAGCUCUGGGUUAGAGGUCAUCUCUGGGUUAGAGGUCAGCUCUGGGUUAGAGGUCAGCUCUGGGUUAGAGGUCAGCUCUGGGUUAGAGGUCAGCUCUGGGUUAGAGGUCAGCUCUGGGUUAGAGAUCAGCUCUGGGUUAGAGAUCAGCUCUGGGUUAGAGGUCAGCUCUGGGUUAGUGUUGGAGGUCAGCUCUGGGUUAGAGGUCAGCUCUGGGUUAGAGGUCAACUCUGGGUUAGAGAUCAGCUCUGGGUUAGAGGUCAGCUCUGGGUUAGAGAUCAGCUCUGGGUUAGAGAUCAGCUCUGGGUUAGAGAUCAGCUCUGGGUUAGUGUUGGAGGUCAGCUCUGGGUUAGAGAUCAGCUCUGGGUUAGAGGUCAGCUCUGGGUUAGAGGUCAGCUCUGGGUUAGAGAUCAGCUCUGGGUUAGAGAUCAGCUCUGGGUUAGUGUUGGAGGUCAGCUCUGGGUUAGAGAUCAGCUCUGGGUUAGAGGUCAGCUCUGGGUUAGAGGUCAGCUCUGGGUUAGAGGUCAGCUCUGGGUUAGUGUUGGAGGUCAUCUCUGGGUCAGUGCUGGAGCCAAGAUGACCUCACUCACAACCAUGGCUUGUUUCUAAAGCUGCUGCAGUUGACCUUUUAGCACAAAUCUUCAUGCAAACUCAAGCCAGGAUCUUCAGCCAAAGUACUGUACAUGUAGAAUUUAGACAUGUCUUCCUCUCAGAUGAGCUCCUCCAUUGAUUUAUUACAAAUGACAUAAAGAAUGAUAGUCAAAAGCUUUGGAGCACCAAUUAGCCUGUUAUCAACACUUAGUAAGCUAUUGGAAAAAAAUGUGUUUGACCAGAUACAAUGCUAUUUUACAGUAAACAAAUUGACAACAAACUUUCAGCAUGCUUAUAGAGAAGGACAUUCAACAAGCACAGCACUUACACAAAUGACUGAUGAUUGGCUGAGAGAAAUUGAUGAUAAAAAGAUUGUGGGGGCUGUUUUGUUAGACUUCAGUGCGGAUUUUGACAUUAUCGAUCAUAGUCUGCUGCUGGAAAAACGUAUGUGUUAUGGCUUUACACCCCCUGCUAUAUUGUGGAUAAAGAGUUACUUGUCUAACAGAACACAGAGGGUGUUCUUUAAUGGAAGCCUCUCCAACAUAAUCCAGGUAGAAUCAGGAAUUCCCCAGGGCAGCUGUCUAGGCCCAUUACUUUUUUCAAUCUUUACUAACGACAUGCCACUGGCUUUGAGUAAAGCCAGUGUGUCUAUGUAUGCGGAUGACUCAACACUAUACACGUCAGCUACUACAGCAACUGAAAUGACUGUAACACUUAAAGAGUUGCAGUUAGUUUCAGAAUGGGUGGCAAGGAAUAAGUUAGUCCUAAAUAUUUCCAAAACUAAAAGCAUUGUAUUUGGGACAAAUCAUUCACUAAACCCUAAACCUCAACUACAUCUUGUAAUAAAUACUGUGGAAAUUGAGCAAGUUGAGGUGACUAAACUGCUUGGAGUAACCCUGGAUUGUAAACUGUCAUGGUCAAAACAUAUUGAUACAGUAGCUAAGAUGGGGAGAAGUAUGUCCAUAAUAAAGUGCUGCUCUACCUUCUUAACAGCACUAUCAACAAGGCAGGUCUUACAGGCCCUAGUUUUGUCACACCUAGACUACUGUUCAGUCGUGUGGUCAGGUGCCACAAAAAAGGACUUAGGAAAAUUGCAAUUGGCUCAGAACAGGGCAGCAUGGCUGGCCCUUGGAUGUACACAGAGAGCUAAUAUUAAUAAUAUGCAUGUCGAUCUCUCCUGGCUCAAAGUGGAGGAGAGAUUGACUUCAUCACUACUUGUGUUUAUGAGAGGUGUUGACAUGUUGGGUGCACUGAGCUGUCUGUUUGAACUACUGGCUCACAGCCCGGACACCCAUGCAUACCCCACAAGACAUGCCACCAGAGGUCUCUUCACAGUCCCCAAGUCCAGAACAGACUAUGGGAGGCGCACAGUACUACAUAGAGCCAUGACUACAUGGAACUCCAUUCCACAUCAUGUAACUGAUGCAAGCAGUAGAAUCCUUUUUUUUUUUUUACAGAUAUAAAUACACCUUAUGGAACAGCGGGGACUGUGAAGCAACACAAACAUAGACACAGACACAUGCAAACACACACACAAUAUAACAUACACACUAUACACACAAGGUACACAUGGAUUAUGUAUUGUAGAUAUGUGGUAGUGGUGGAGUAGGGGCCUGAGGGCACACAGUGUGUUGUGAAAUCUGUGAAUGUAUUGUAAUGUUUUUAAAAUUGUAUGAACUGCCUUAAUUUUGCAGGACCCCAGGAAGAGUAGAACUGUGAUUGGGGAUCCAUAAUAAAUACAAAUACAAAUUACACAGCAAACAGAAAGACAGUGCAGACAGAGACAGACCUAGAGAUGGGCAGGCCUAUGGCUCUGGGUAAAGACAGAGACAGACCUAGAGAUGGGCAGGCCUAUGGCUCUGGGUAAAGACAGAGACAGACCUAGAGAUAUGCAGGCCUAUGGCUCUGGGUAAAGACAGAGACAGACCUAGAGAUGGGCAGGCCUAUGGCUCUGGGUAAAGACAGAGACAGACCUAGAGAUGGGCAGGCCUAUGGCUCUGGGUAAAGACAGAGACAGACCUAGAGAUGGGCAGGCCUAUGGCUCUGGGUAAAGACAGAGACAGACCUAGAGAUGGGCAGGCCUAUGGCUCUGGGUAAAGACAGAGACAGACCUAGAGAUGGGCAGGCCUAUGGCUCUGGGUAGACAGAGACAGACCUAGAGAUGGGCAGGCCUAUGGCUCUGGGUAAAGACAGAGACAGACCUAGAGAUGGGCAGGCCUAUGGCUCUGGGUAAAGACAGAGACAGACCUAGAGAUGGGCAGGCCUAUGGCUCUGGGUAAAGACAGAGACAGACCUAGAGAUGGGCAGGCCUAUGGCUCUGGGUAAAGACAGAGACAGACCUAGAGAUGGGCAGGCCUAUGGCUCUGGGUAAAGAUGGAGACAGACCUAGAGAUGGGCAGGCCUAUGGCUCUGGGUAAAGACAGAGACAGACCUAGAGAUGGGCAGGCCUAUGGCUCUGGGUGCAGAUGGAGACUGUAAUGUCAGAAGCUUCCUGUGCUGUCAGUCUCAUGCAGCAUCAUCUGAACAUGUGCUUCGAUUGUAAUUGUCACCACCCUCUUUUAACAGGAACCGUUAGUAAUGCUCAGGGAAGAAGAUGAAGAAGAUGAAGAAUCUAAAACCCCACAUUCUCUCCCUGUCUCUGUAGCGGCCCCUGCAUGCUGCUGGUGCUGACCAAGGAAAAUACUGUGGAGGAGUGGAGGUCCAUGAUGGGCCCCACAGACCCUGUCCUGGCCAAGGUGACGGCCCCGGGAUCCCUGAGGGCCCGCUUCGCCUCAGACAUCCUCCACAACGCCCUCCACGGCUCCUCCAAUCAGGAGCAUGCCCAGGAGAAGAUACACUUCCUGUUUGGUGACAUCACCUCAGACAGAGACCUGACCAGCAAUGGGAAAAUGGAUCCCACACCGCUAGGUAACCAAUCGCAGUUCAGUAACUACACUGAACAAAAAUAUAAAACGCAACAUGUAAAGUGUUGGUCCCGUGUUUUAUGAGCUGAAAUAAAAGAUCCCAGAAAUGUUCCAUACACACAAAAAGCUUAUUUCUCUUAAUUGUUUUAGCAGAAAUGUGUUCAUCCCUGUUAGUGUUAAUGAGCAUUUCUCCUUUGCCAGAGGAUGAGUAUUUCUGUCUGUAAUAAAGCCCUUUUGUGGGGAAAAACUCAUUCUGAUUGGCUGGGCCUGGCUCCCCAGUGGGUUGGCUUGGCUCCCCAUUGGCUGGGCCUGGCUCCCCAUUGGGUUGGCUUGGCUCCCCAUUGGCUGGGCCUGGCUCCCCAUUGGGUUGGCUUGGCUCCCCAUUGGCUGGGCCUGGCUCCCCAGUGGGUUGGCCUGGCUCCCCAUUGGCUGGGCCUGGCUCCCCAUUGGGUUGGCUUGGCUCCCCAUUGGCUGGGCCUGGCUCCCCAUUGGCUGGGCCUGGCUCCCCAGUGGGUUGGCUUGGCUCCCAAGUGGGUGGGCCUAUGCCCUCCCAGGCCCACCAAUGGCUGCGCCCCUGCCCAGUCAUGUGAAAUCCAUAGAUUACGGCCUAAUUUAUUUAUUUCAAUUGAGUGAUUACCUUAUAUGAAUUGUAACUCAGCAAAAUCUUUGAAAUUGUUGCAUGUAGCGUUUCUAUUUUCUUUCAGUAUAGAUCUAUCCGACUAGAAGGACCAUGAAAAACAGGGCCACUACAGGAGAGCUGUUAGGUGCCAGUGUAGUGUUGAAUCCCCACUGGUCUAUCUGGCUCCAUGAACCAUGUCAAGACUGAUAAACAAGGAACAACCUUUUCAACAGUAAACAUGUCAAAUGUUUUCUUUCAGGAAAACAGCAGGAUAGUUUUGCAGAUCUCAUGGCUUCAGACAAAUCAGGUUGUACAACUGCAGAAAUGACAGAACAUGUUGAAUCAGGAAGUCCAGAGAGCCAUCAAGAACAUGUUGAAUCAGGAAGUCCAGAGAGCCAUCAAGAACAUGUUGAAUCAGGAAGUCCAGAGAGCCAUCAAGAACAUGUUGAAUCAGGAAGUCCAGAGAGCCAUCAAGAACAUGUUGAAUCAGGAAGUCCAGAGAGCCAUCAAGAACAUGUUGAGCGGGCCACAUCCACGUCAGACACACCUAGUGUCACAAGCACAGAAGGGGAAGGUAAGAUAGUGAUGGUGCUCAAUAUAUCGAAUAAGUGAUCUAAACCUGUGCUGAAGGUAAAGAACUGCAUUCUGGUGAGUUGAUCCUGCUUCUUCAUAUUACAGGUGAUCAGACACCAGUCUGCGAUCCACUCAGUCCUCAGACGACAGAUCCCUAGGACUUUGAUCAUCAAAACAGAUCUCCCCAGGACUCUGAUCAUCAAAGUUAAGACUGAAUGACCAUCCUCUUUCAGAUACAACAAAUUAACAAUGCCACUUGUAGGGCUGCAGUACAUUAUCAUGUUACUUCAUUUCAAUGUUGUGAAAAAUAAAAUGAAAAUCUUCCUGUGGUUUUUCAUAUUUUAGUUUAUCUACAUCCUCAUCAGCACAAUAACAAAAGUAAUAAUAUCAGAAACAGGGGAUUCAUAAUCGGUAAAUAAUAGAACAUGUUUCUUGAAUGAGUUUCUGGUCUGGGGUUUGGUGUCUUUGGACUGAGUUCUCGCCCUCCCAACUUUGACGUUCGACUUCUGGGCUUUCUGCAGAAGAGAUUCUUCUACUAGGAGUGUUAUCUCUGAAUCAUUUUCAGGUCCUACCUCUGUUUUGACUGGAGGUUUGGGGCUGUCACUGUCUGGUUCUUUAGACGAGGCUGGAUCUACUUUCAUGUGGACUCUGCUGUCUCUUGCUGGCUGUUCAGAGCCAGGCUCAGAGUUAUGGUGACGGUACAGAUGAGAAACAACGACGACGCCUGCGAUGCUCCAGACAUCACGGAAGACUUUGUCUGCCAGCUUGGAGAUCAGCCUCUCAUACAGCUAGGAGAGAUCCUUGGGGAUACCUGCUGAUGACGCCAUUGUAGUAAAGUCUUCUCUUCACCUGAGAUUGAUCAAGGAAUUGACAACUACACUGAAGACAAUAGGCUGCUGCUAAAUAAUUAGGUAUAUCUGCAUGUGGAAAUAAAAUGGAGGUUAUCUUCCAACACGGUGGCUUAAAGUAGUGCGUGUUUUUUGUAUGUUUAAAAACAGAGGAAAAACAAGGCGUCAAACUAGGUCUCAGAGAUGCAAUGCAUAGAUACUCACUUUGAGGUUGAAAUAGUCCAAUAUCUUCUUCAAACACGUCGUUGUAGUUUAGCUUCAGGAUGAGCUGAAAUACAUAAAAUGUUUGGUUUGAAAUUCCAAGCUAGCGUCUUCUGUAACCCUGGUAACCAGUUCUGGUUCUGAACAACUAUUCCUCAACAUUCCAUUUACAUUCCAGGGUUGAGCUGUUUUUGUUCUCAGAGACAUUUUUGGUGUCAUAAGAGUCAACCGACCGACCAUGAUGACCGAAGGCAACGCCAGCGACAAAGAACAGGAAGGGGGACUCCAGGCUGAAAAGACGGAAAAAGAUCCUGAUGGCUAAUGGUGUUCAACCUUCCCAAGUUCUCUCACGUCACCCCGCUCCUCCGCACACUCCACUGGCUUCCAGUUGAAGCUCGCAUCUGUUACAAGACCAUGGUGCUUGCCUAUGGAGCUGUGAGGGGAACGGCACCUCCGUACCUUCAGGCUCUGAUCAGUCCCUACACCCAAACGAGGGCAUUGCGUUCAUCCACCUCUGGCCUGCUGGCUCCCCUUCCUCUGCGGAAGCAUAGUUCCCGCUCAGCCCAGUCAAAACUGUUCGCUGCUCUGGCACCCCAAUGGUGGAACAGGCUCCCUCACGACGCCAGGACAGCGGAGUCGCUCACCACCUUCCGGAGACAUUUGAAACCCCACCUCUUUAAGGAAUACCUGGGAUAGGAUAAAGUAAUCCUUCUACCCCCCCCCCCCCCCCACCCCCCUCUUAAAAUUAAAAUAAAAAUUGUAAAGUGGUUAUCCCACUGGUUAUAGGGUGAAUGCACCAAUUUGUAAGUCGCUCUGGAUAAGAGCGUCUGCUAAAUGACGUAAGUGUAAAUGUAAAUGUAAUGUCCAAUCGCUGGAAAACUUUGUGAACUCGGAGCAAGGCUUCAAUCGCAGAGGGACAUCAGGGAAUGCUGUCUUUGUGUUUACAGAGACAUGGCUUACGGACGAAACACUUGACUCUGCUAUUCAACCAGACGGCUUUUGGAUCGAACGGCGGCUUCUGGAAAGCGUGGGGGGGGGGGGGGGGGGGAUGUUUCCUCAUCAACAUUUCCUGAUGUACCGAAGUUGAAAACUGUUCUCCCGACCUGGAAUUUUUUAUGCUAAAAUGCUGAUCCCACUAUAUGCAGAGGGAAUUCACGUGUUUUAUCGGCUUGGGCUGUAUACCAUAUACCAGGGUAUUUGGGAAAAGACACAGGAUGAUUUUUCAAUAUUAUCAACUACUUUUGAAGUUAACACCUGCAGUCAACUUGUGCAAUAUGUUAGGAGGUAAAGCAGAUUGUGUUCUUCAUUUCACUGGUCACAUUACAUUUGGUCACAUUUACAUUAUGAAGCUCACCGUAGUUCCCCAGAACAGUUGAGCCAGUCAUGUGUUUGUAAAUGGCACAACAGGAGAAAGCGAGUGAGUCCAUAGUGUUCUAUAUCUAUCAGUGAGUCCAUAGUGUUCUAUAUCUAUGAGUGAGUCCAUAGUGUUCUAUAUCUAUCAGUGAGUCCAUAGUGUUCUAUAUCUAUCAGUGAGUCCAUAGUGUUCUAUAUCUAUCAGUGAGUCCAUAGUGUUCUAUAUCUAUCAGUGAGUCCAUAGUGUCCUAUAUCUAUCAGUGAGUCCAUAGUGUUCUAUAUCUAUCAGUGAGUCCAUAGUGUCCUAUAUCUAUCAGUGAGUCCAUAGUGUUCUAUAUCUAUCAGUGAGUCCAUAGUGUUCUAUAUCUAUCAGUGAGUCCAUAGUGUUCUAUAUCUAUCAGUGAGUCCAUCGUGUUCUAUAUCUAUCAGUGAGUCUCUGCUGGUGAGUCCAUAGUGUUCUAUAUCUAUCAGUGAGUCCAUAGUGUUCUAUAUCUAUCAGUGAGUCCAUAGUGUUCUAUAUCUAUCAGUGAGUCCAUAGUGUUCUAUAUCUAUCAGUGAGUCCAUAGUGUUCUAUAUCUAUCAGUGAGUCCAUAGUGUGCUAUAUCUAUCAGUGAGUCCAUAGCGUUCUAUAUCUAUCAGUGAGUCCAUAGUGUUCUAUAUCUAUCAGAGAGUCCAUAGUGUUCUAUAUCUAUCAGUGAGUCCAUAGUGUUCUGUAUCUAUCAGUGAGUCCAUAGUGUUCUAUAUCUAUCAGUGAGUCCAUAGUGUUCUAUAUCUAUCAGUGAGUCCAUAUCGUUCUAUAUCUAUCAGUGAGUCCAUAGUGUUCUAUAUCUAUCAGUGAGUCCAUAGUGUUCUAUAUCUAUCAGUGAGUCCAUAGUGUCCUAUAUCUAUCAGUGAGUCCAUAGUGUUCUAUAUCUAUCAGUGAGUCCAUAGUGUUCUAUAUCUAUCAGUGAGUCCAUAGUGUUCUAUAUCUAUCAGUGAGUCCAUAGUGUUCUAUAUCUAUCAGUGAGUCUCUGCUGGUGAGUCCAUAGUGUUCUAUAUCUAUCAGUGAGUCCAUAGUGUUCUAUAUCUAUCAGUGAGUCCAUAGUGUUCUAUAUCUAUCAGUGAGUCUCUGCUGGUGAGUCCAUAGUGUUCUAUAUCUAUCAGUGAGUCUCUGCUGGAGAGUCCAUAGUGUUCUAUAUCUAUCAGUGAGUCCAUAGUGUUCUAUAUCUAUCAGUGAGUCCAUAGUGUUCUAUAUCUAUCAGUGAGUCCAUAGUGUUCUAUAUCUAUCAGUGAGUCCAUAGUGUUCUAUAUCUAUCAGUGAGUCCAUAGUGUCCUAUAUCUAUCAGUGAGUCCAUAGCGUUCUAUAUCUAUCAGUGAGUCUCUGCUGGUGAGUCCAUAGUGUUCUAUAUCUAUCAGUGAGUCUCUGCUGGUGAGUCCAUAGUGUUCUAUAUCUAUCAGUGAGUCCAUAGUGUUCUAUAUCUAUCAGUGAGUCUCUGCUGGUGAGUCCAUAGUGUUCUAUAUCUAUCAGUGAGUCCAUAGUGUUCUAUAUCUAUCAGUGAGUCCAUAGUGUCUUAUAUCUAUCAGUGAGUCCAUAGUGUUCUAUAUCUAUCAGUGAGUCCAUAGUGUUCUAUAUCUAUCAGUGAAUCAGUAGUGUUCUAUAUCUAUCAGUGAGUCCAUAGUGUUCUGUAUCUAUCAGUGAGUCUCUGCUGGUGAGUCCAUAGUGUUCUAUAUCUAUCAGUGAGUCCAUAGUGUCCUAUAUCUAUCAGUGAGUCCAUAGUGUUCUAUAUCUAUCAGUGAGUCCAUAGUGUACUAUAUCUAUCAGUGAGUCCAUAGUGUUCUAUAUCUAUCAGUGAGUCCAUAGUGUUCUAUAUCUAUCAGUGAGUCCAUAGUGUUCUAUAUCUAUCAGUGAGUCCAUAGUGUACUAUAUCUAUCAGUGAGUCCAUAGUGUUCUAUAUCUAUCAGUGAGUCCAUAGUGAUCUAUAUCUAUCAGUGAGUCUCUGCUGGUGAGUCCAUAGUGUUCUAUAUCUAUCAGUGAGUCUCUGCUGGUGAGUCCAUAGUGUUCUAUAUCUAUCAGUGAGUCUCUGCUGGUGAGUCCAUAGUGUUCUAUAUCUAUCAGUGAGUCUCUGCUGGUGAGUCCAUAGUGUUCUAUAUCUAUCAGUGAGUCCAUGGUGUUCUAUAUCUAUCAGUGAGUCUCUGCUGGUGAGUCCAUAGUGUUCUAUAUAUCUUUCAGUGAGUCCAUAGUGUUCUAUAUCUAUCAGUGAGUCCAUAGUGUCCUAUAUCUAUCAGUGAGUCCAUAGUGUUCUAUAUCUAUCAGUGAGUCCAUAGUGUACUAUAUCUAUCAGUGAGUCCAUAGUGUUCUAUAUCUAUCAGUGAGUCUCUGCUGGUGAGUCCAUAGUGUUCUAUAUCUAUCAGUGAGUCCAUAGUGUUCUAUAUCUAUCAGUGAGUCCAUAGUGUUCUAUAUCUAUCAGUGAGUCCAUAGUGUUCUAUAUCUAUCAGUGAGUCUCUGCUGGUGAGUCCAUAGUGUUCUAUAUCUAUCAGUGAGUCCAUAGUCUUCUGUAUCUAUCAGUGAGUCCAUAGUGUUCUAUAUCUAUCAGUGAGUCCACAGUGUUCUACAUCUAUCAGUGAGUCCAUAGUGUUCUAUAUCUAUCAGUGAAUCCAUAGUGUUCUAUAUCUAUCAGUGAGUCCAUAGUGUUCUAUAUCUAUCAGUGAGUCCAUAGUGUUCUAUAUCUAUCAGUGAGUCCAUAGUGUUCUAUAUCUAUCAGUGAGUCCAUAGUGUUCUAUAUCUAUCAGUGAGUCCAUAGUGUUCUAUAUCUAUCAGUGAGUCCAUAGUGUUCUGUAUCUAUCAGUGAGUCCAUAGUGUUCUAUAUCUAUCAGGGGGGGGGGGGGGGGGGGGGGGGGUAGAAGGAUUCCUUUAUCCUAUCCCAGGUAUUCCUUAAAGAGGUGGGGUUUCAAAUGUCUCCGGAAGGUGGUGAGUGACUCCGCUGUCCUGGCGUCGUGAGGGAGCUUGUUCCACCAUUGGGGUGCCAGAGCAGCGAACAGUUUUGACUGGGCUGAGCGGGAACUAUGCUUCCGCAGAGGAAGGGGAGCCAGCAGGCCAGAGGUGGAUGAGCGCAAUGCCCUCGUUUGGGUGUAGGGACUGAUCAGAUAUAUCUAUCAGUGAGUCCAUAGCGUUCUAUAUCUAUCAGUGAGUCCAUAGUGUUCUAUAUCUAUCAGUGAGUCCAUAGUGUUCUAUAUCUAUCAGUGAGUCCAUAGUGUUCUAUAUCUAUCAGUGAGUCCAUAGCGUUCUAUAUCUAUCAGUGAGUCCAUAGUGUUCUAUAUCUAUCAGUGAGUCCAUAGCGUUCUAUAUCUAUCAGUGAGUCCACAGUGUUCUAUAUCUAUCAGUGAGUCCAUAGUGUUCUAUAUCUAUCAGUGAGUCCAUAGUGUUCUAUAUCUAUCAGUGAGUCCAUAGUGUUCUAUAUCUAUCAGUGAGUCCAUAGUGUUCUAUAUCUAUCAGUGAGUCCAUAGUGUUCUAUAUCUAUCAGUGAGUCCAUAGUGGUCUAUAUCUAUCAGUGAGUCCAUAGUGUUCUAUAUAUAUCAGUGAGUCCAUAGUGUUCUGUAUCUAUCAGUGAGUCUCUGCUGGUGAGUCCAUAGUGUUCUAUAUCUAUCAGUGAGUCUCUGCUGGUGAGUCCAUAGUGUUCUAUAUCUAUCAGUGAGUCCAUAGUGUUCUAUAUCUAUCAGUGAGUCCAUAGCGUUCUAUAUCUAUCAGUGAGUCCAUAGUGUCCUAUAUCUAUCAGUGAGUCCAUAGUGUUCUAUAUCUAUCAGUGAGUCCAUAGUGUUCUAUAUCUAUCAGUGAGUCCAUAGUGUUCUAUAUCUAUCAGUGAGUCCAUAGUGUUCUAUAUCUAUCAGUGAGUCCAUAGUGUUCUAUAUCUAUCAGUGAGUCCAUAGUGUCCUAUAUCUAUCAGUGAGUCCAUAGUGUUCUAUAUCUAUCAGUGAGUCCAUAGUGUACUAUAUCUAUCAGUGAGUCCAUAGUGUUCUAUAUCUAUCAGUGAGUCCAUAGUGUUCUAUAUCUAUCAGUGAGUCCAUAGUGUUCUAUAUCUAUCAGUGAGUCCAUAGUGUCCUAUAUCUAUCAGUGAGUCCAUAGCGUUCUAUAUCUAUCAGUGAGUCUCUGCUGGUGAGUCCAUAGUGUUCUAUAUCUAUCAGUGAGUCUCUGCUGGUGAGUCCAUAGUGUUCUAUAUCUAUCAGUGAGUCCACCAUGUUCUAUAUCUAUCGUGAGUCCAUAGUGUUCUAUAUCUAUCAGUGAGUCCAUAGUGUUCUAUAUCUAUCAGGGGAGUCCAUAGUGUUCUAUUAUCAGUGAGUCUCUCAGUGAGUCCAUAGUGUUCUAUAUCUAUCAGUGAGUCCAUAGUGUCUAUAUUCUAUCAGUGAGUCCAUAGUGUUCUAUAUCUAUCAGUGAGUCCAUAGUGUUCUAUAUCUAUCAGUGAUCGAGUCCAUAGGUUCUAUAUCUAUCAGUGAGUCCAUAGUGUUCUAUAUCUAUCAGUGAGUCCAUGAGUGUUCCUUCUUGAGGUGAGUCCAUAGUGUUCUAUAUCUAUCAGUGAGUCCAUAGUGUUCUAUAUCUAUCAGUGAGUCCAUAGUGUUCUAUAUCUAUCAGUGAGUCCAUAGUGUCCUAUAUCUAUCAGUGAGUCCAUAGCGUUCUAUAUCUAUCAGUGAGUCGUCUGCUGGUGAGUCCAUAGUGUUCUAUAUCUAUCAGUGAGUUCUCUGCUGGUGAGUCCAUAGUGUUUCUAUAUCUAUCAGUGAGUCCAUAGUGUUUCUAUAUCUAUCAGUUGAGUCUCUGCUGGUGAGUCCAUGUUUUCUAUAUCUAUCAGUGAGUCCAUAGUGUUCUAUAUCUAUCAGUGAGUCCAUAGUGGUCUUAUAUCUAUCAGUGAGUCCAUAGUGUUCUAUAUCUAUCAGUGAGUCCAUAGUGUUUCUAUAUCUAUCAGUGAAGUCCAGUAGUGUACUAUAUCUAUCAGUGAGUCCAUAGUGGUUCCUAUAUCGAUCAGUGAAUGUCCAUAGUGUUCUAUAUCUAUCAGUGAGUCCAUGAUAGUGUUUCUAUAUCUAUCAGUGAGUCCAUAGUGUUUUCUGUAUUCUAUCAGUGAGUCUCUGUUGGUGAGUCCAUAGUGUUCUAUAUCUAUCAGUGAGUCCUAGUGUCUAUAUCUAUCAGUGAGUCCAUAGUGUUCUAUAUCUAUCAGUGAGUCCAUAGUGACUUACUAUAUCUGAUCGUGGUGAGUCCAUAGUGUUUACUAUAUCUGAUCGCGUGAGUCCAUAGUGUUCUAUAUCUAUCAGUGACCGUGUCCAUAGUGUUCUAUAUCUAUCAGUGAAGUCUAUUCUCAGUGAGUCCAUAGUGUUCUAUAUUAUCGUGAGUCAUGGUGUCUAUAUCAUCAGUGAGUCUCUGCUGGUGAGUCCAUAGUGUUCUAUAUCUAUCAGUGAGUUCUCUGCUGGUGAGUCCAUAGUGUUCUAUAUCUAUCAGUGAGUCCAUAGUGUUCUAUAUCUAUCAGUGAGUCUAUGCUGGUGAGUCCAUAGUGUUCUAUAUCUUCAGUGAGUCUCUGCUGUGAGUCCAUAGUGUUCUAUAUCUAUCAGUGAGUCCUAUGUCUAAUAUCGUGAGUCCAUAGUGUUCUAUAAUCUAUCAGUGAGUCCAUAGUGUUCUAUAUCUAUCAGUGAGUCCAUAGUGUUCUAUAUCUAUCAGUGAGUCCAUAGUUUCUUAUCUAUCAGUGAGUCCAUAGUGUUCUAUAUCUAUCAGUGAGUCCAAGUGUUCUACAUCUAUCCAGUGAGUCCAUAGUGUUCUUAUCUAUCAGUGAGUCCAUAGUGUUCUAUAUCUAUCAGUGAGUCCAUAGUGUUCUAUAUCUAUCAGUGAGUCCAUAGUGUUCUAUAUCUAUCAGUGAGUCCAUAGUGUUCUAUAUCUAUCAGUGAGUCCAUAGUGUUCUAUAUCUAUCAGUGAGUCCAUAGUGUUCUAUAUCUAUCAGUGAGUCCAUAGUGUUCUGUAUCUAUCAGUGAGUCCAUAGUGUUCUAUAUCUAUCAGUGAGGUCUAGAUGGUUCCUAUAUCUAUCAGUGAGUCCAUAGGUGUUACAUUUCAGUGAGUCUGCUGGUGAGUCCAUAGGUUCUUAUCAUCAGGAGUCCAUAGGUCUAUACUGGCUGAGUCCAUAGUGUUCCAAUCAUCAGUGAGUCCACAGGUCCAUAUAAUCUAGUGCAAGUUAAUAGGAGUCCAUAGUCGUUCUAGUAUCUAUCAGUGAGUCCAUAGUGUUCUAUAUCUAUCAGUGGAGUCCAUAGUGUUCUAUAUCGUAUCUAGUGAGUCAUGGUUUCUAUAUUACGGUACCAGCGUUUAUGACAUCAGGAGUCAUGUGUUCUAUAUCUAUCAGUGAGUCCAUCGUUCUAUAUCUAUCAGGGACAAUGUUCAAUAUCAGGGAGCCAUAGUGUUCAAUCAUAGUGGCCUAGUGGGGUUCUAUAUCUAUCAGUGAGUCAUAGUUCUAUAUCUAUCAGUGGGCCAUAGUGUUCUAUCUAUCAGUGAGUCCAUAGUGUUCUAUAUCUAUCAGUGAGUCCAUAGUGUUCUAUAUCUAUCAGUGAGUCCAUAGGUCUAAUAUAUCAGGAGUCCAUAGUGUUCUAUAUCUUGUGAGUCCAUAGGUUCUAUAUAUCAGUGAGUCCACAGUGUUCUAUCUAUCAGUAGUCCAGUGUUCUAUAUCUAUCAGUGAGUCCAUAGGUUCUAUAUCUAUCAGUGAGUCCAUAGUGUUAUAUUAUCAGUGAGUCAUAGUGUUCUAUAUCUAUCAGUGAGUCCAUAGUGUUCUAUAUCUAUCAGUGAGUCCAUAGUGUCUAUAUCUAUCAGUGAGUCCAUAGUGUUCUAUAUUAUCAGUGAGUCCAUAGUGUUCUUAUCUAUCAGUGGAUCUUCUCAGUGAGUCCAUAGUGUCUAUACAUCUAUCAGUGACUAUUAUCAGGAGUCCAUAGUGUUCAUAUUAUCAGUGAGUCCAAGUGUUCUAUAUCUAUCAGUGAGUCCAUAGGUUCUAUUCUAUCAGUGAGUCCAUAGUGUCUAUAUCUAUCAGUGAGUCCAUAGUGUUCUAUAUCAUCAGUGAGUCCAAGGUUCAUAUCUAUCAGUGAGUCAUAGUGUUCUAUAUCUAUCAGUGAGUCCACAGUGUUCUAUAUCUACAGUGAGUCCAAGUGUUCUAUAUCUAUCAGUGAGUCAUAGUGUCUAUAUUUCGUGAGUCCAUAGUGUUCUAUAUCUAUCAGUGAGUCCAUAGUUCUAUAUCUAUCGUGAGUCCAUAGUGUUCUAUAUCUAUCAGUGAUCCUGCUAUGUGAGUCCAUAGUGUUCUAUAUCUAUCAGUGAGUCCAAGGUUCUAUAUCUAUCAUGAGUCCUGGAAAGAGUCCAUAGGUUCUAUAUCUAUCGUGGUCCAUAGUGUUCUAUAUCUAUCAGUGAGUCCAAGUGUUCAUAUCUAUCAGUGAGUUCUGCUGGUAGCCAUAGUGUUCUAUAUCUUCAGUGAGUCCAUAGUGUCUAUAUCUAUCAGUGAGUCCAUAGUGUUCUAUAUCUAUCAGUGAGUCCAUAGUGUUCUAUAUCUAUCAGUGAGUCUCUGCUGGUGAGUCCAUAGUGUUCUAUAUCUAUCAGUGAGUCUCUGCUGGUGAGUCCAUAGUGUUUCUAUAUCUAUCAGUGAGUCCAUAGUGUUCUAUAUCUAUCAGUGAGUCUCUGCUGGUGAGUCCAUAGUGUUCUGUAUCUAUCAGUGAGUCUCUGCUGGUGAGUCCAUAGUGUUCUAUAUCUAUCAGUGAGUCCAUAGUGUUCUAUAUCUAUCAGUGAGUCCAUAGUGUUCUAUAUCUAUCAGUGAGUCUCUGUUGGUGAGUCCAUAGUGUUCUAUAUCUAUCAGUGAGUCUCUGCUGGUGAGUCCAUAGUGUUCUGUAUCUAUCAGUGAGUCUCUGCUGGUGAGUCCAUAGUGUUCUAUAUCUAUCAGUGAGUCUCUGCUGGUGAGUCCAUAGUGUUCUAUAUCUAUCAGUGAGUCCAUAGUGUUCUAUAUCUAUCAGUGAGUCUCUGUUGGUGAGUCCAUAGUGUUCUAUAUCUAUCAGUGAGUCUCUGUUGGUGAGUCCAUAGUGUUAUAAUAAUAAUAAUAUGCCAUUUAGCAGACGCUUUUAUCCAAAGCGACUUACAGUCAUGCGUGCAUACAUUUUUGUGUAUGGGUGGUCCCGGGGAUCGAACCCACUACCUUGGCGUUACAAGCGCCGUGCUCUACCAGCUGAGCUACAGAGGACCACUGUGUCCAUAGUGUUCUAUAUCUAUCAGUGAGUCCAUAGCGUUCUAUAUCUAUCAGUGAGUCCAUAGUGUUCUAUAUCUAUCAGUGAGUCUCUGUUGGUGAGUCCAUAGUGUUCUAUAUCUAUCAGUGAGUCUCUGCUGGUGAGUCCAUAGUGUUCUAUAUCUAUCAGUGAGUCCAUAGUGUUCUAUAUCUAUCAGUGGUCUCUGUUGGUGAGUCCAUAGUGUUCUAUAUCUAUCAGUGAGUCUCUGCUGGUGAGUCCAUAGUGUUCUAUAUCUAUCAGUGAGUCCAUAGUGUUCUAUAUCUAUCAGUGAGUCCAUAGUGUUCUAUAUCUAUCAGUGAGUCCAUAGUGUUCUAUAUCUAUCAGUGAGUCCAUAGUGUUCUUAUUCUAUCAGUGAGUCCCAUAGUGUUCUAUAUCUAUCAGUGAGUCCAUAGUGUUCUAUAUCUAUCACUGAGUCCAUAGUGUUCUAUAUCUAUCAGUGAGUCCAUAGUGUUCUAUAUCUAUCAGUGAGUCCAUAGCGUUCUAUAUAUAUCAGUGAGUCCAUAGUGUUCUAUAUCUAUCAGUGAGUCCAUAGUGUUCUAUAUCUAUCAGUGAGUCCAUAGUGUUCUAUAUCUAUCAGUGAGUCCAUAGUGUUCUAUAUCUAUCAGUGAGUCCAUAGUGUUCUAUAUCUAUCAGUGAGUCCAUAGUGUUCUAUAUCUAUCAGUGAGUCUCUGCUGGUGAGUCCAUAGUGUUCUAUAUCUAUCAGUGAGUCCAUAGUGUUCUAUAUAUAUCAGUGAGUCUCUGCUGGUGAGUCCAUAGUGUUCUAUAUCUAUCAGUGAGUCCAUAGUGUUCUAUAUACUUCUAUGCAAUUCCAAUCAAAUCAAAUUGUAUUUGUCACAUGCGCCGAAUACUUACAGUGAAAUGCUUACUUACAAGCCCUUAACCAACAAUGCAGUUUUAAGAAAAAUAAGUGUUAAGUAAAAAAUUGAUUACUAAAAAAUACAAAUAACAAAUAAUUAAAGAGCAGCAGUAAAAUAAAAUAACAAUAGCGAGGCUAUAUACAGGGGGUACCGGUACAGAGUCAAUGUCCGGGGGCACCGGUUUGUCGAGGUAAUUGAGGUAAUAUGUACAUGUGGGUAGAGUUAAAGUGACUAUGCAUAGAUAAUAAACAGAGUAGCAGCAGCGUAAAAGAGGGGGGUGGGGUGGGGGGAACAAUGCAAAUAGUCUGGGUAGCCAUGAUUAGCUGUUCAGGAGUCUUAUGGCUUGGGGUAGAAGCUGUUAAGGAGCCUUUUGGACCUAGACUUGGCGCUCAGGUACCGCUUGCCGUGCAGUAGCAGAGAGAACAGUCUAUGACUAGGGUGGCUGGAGUCUUUGUCCAUUUUUAGGGCCUUCCUCUGACACUGCCUGGUAUAGAGGUCCUGGAUGGCAGGAAGCUUGGCCCCAGUGAUGUACUGGGCCGUACGCACUACCCUCUGUAGUGCUUGCAGUCGGAGGCCGAGCAGUUGCCAUACCAGGUGGUGAUGCAACCAGUCAGGAUGCUCUCGAUGGUGCAGCUGUAGAAUUUUCGAGGAUCUGAGGACCCAUGCCAAAUCUUUUCAGUCUCCUGAGGGGAAUAGGCUUUGUCGUGCCCUCUUCACAACUGUCUUUGUGUGGUUGGACCAUGAUAGUUUGUUGGUGAUGUGGACACCAAGGAACUUGAAGCUCUCAACCUGUUCCACUACAGCUCUGUCGAUGAGAAUGGGGGCGUGCUCGGUCCUCUUCUUUUUCCUGUAGUCCACAAUCAUCUCCUUUCUCUUGAUCACAUUGAGGGAGAGGUUGUUAUCCUGGCACCACACGGCCAGGUCUCUGACCUCCUCCCUAUAGGCUGUCUCAUCGUUGUCGGUGAUCAGGCCUACCACUGUUGUGUCAUUGGCAAACUGAAUGAUGGUGUUGGAGUCGUGCCUGGCCAUGCAGUCAUGGGUGAACAGGGAGUACAGGAGGGGACUGAGCAACUACUAAAUGUUAGCCAUUAUAAGAUAUCUGAUGGCAUUCUGCCAGAAGUCAAAGAGUUCUGGAUGAGUUUUUAAUUUUUAUUUAUUUAUUUCACCUUUAUUUAACCAGGUAAGCCAGUUGAGAACAAGUUCUCAUUUACAACUGCGACCUGGCCAAGAUAAAGCAAAGCAGUGCGAUAAAAACAACAACACAGAGUUACAUAUGGGGUAAACAAAACAUAAAGUCAAAUAUAUAUACAGUGUGUGCAAAUGUAGCAAGUUAUGGAGGUAAGGCAAUAAAUAGGCCAUAGUGCAAAAAUAAUUACAAUUAGUAUCAACACUGGAAUGAUAGAUGUGCAAGAGAUGAUGUGCAAAUAGAGAUACUGGGGUGCAAAUGAGCAAAAUAAAUAACAAUAUAGGGAUGAGAUAGUUGGGUGGGCUAAUUUCAGAAUGGCUGUGUACAGGUGCAGUGAUCGGUAAGGUGCUCUGACAACUGAUGCUUAAAGUUAGUGAGGGAGAUAAGAGUCUCCAGCUUCAGAGAUUUUUGCAGUUCGUUCCAGUCAUUGGCAGCAGAGAAUUGGAAGGAAUUGCGGCCAAAGGAGGUGUUGGCUUUGGGGAUGACCAGUGAGAUAUACCUGCUGGAGCGCAUACUACAGGUGGGUGUUGCUAUGGUGACCAAUGAGCUAAGAUAAGGCAGAGAUUUGCCUAGCAGUGAUUUAUAGAUGACCUGGAGCCAGUGGGUUUGGCGACAAAUAUGUAGUGAGGGCCAGCCAACGAGAGCAUACAGGUCACAAUGGUGGGUAGUAUAUGGGGCUUUGGUGACAAAACAGAUGGCACUGUGAUAGACUACAUCCAAUUUGCUGAGUAGAGUAUUGGAGGCUAUUUUGUAAAUUACAUCGCCAAAGUCAAGGAUCGGUAGGAUAGUCAAUUUUACGAGGGCAUGUUUGGCAGCAUGAGUGAAGGAGGCUUUGUUGGGAAAUAGGAAGCCGAUUCUAGAUUUAUCUUUGGAUUGGAGAUGCUUAAUAUCAGUCUGGAAGGAGAGUUUACAGUCUAACCAGACACCUAGGUAUUUGUAGUUGUCCACAUACUCUAGGUCAGACCCUUCGAGAGUAGUGAUUCUAGUCGGGUGGGCGGGUGCCAGCAGCGUUCGAUUGAAGAGCACGCAUUUAGUUUUACUUGUGUUUAAGAGCAGUUGGAGGCUACAGAAGGAGUGUUGUAUGGCAUUGAAGCUCGUUUGGAGGUUUGUUAACACAGUGUCCAAUGAAGGGCCAGAUAUAUACAAAAUGGUGUCAUCUGCGUAGAGGUGGAUCACCGGCAGCAAUAGCGACAUCAUUGAUAUACACAGAGAAAAUAGUCAGCCCAAUAAUUGAACCCUGUGGCACCCCCAUAGAGACUGCCAGAGGUCCAGACAACAGGUCCUCCGAUUUGACACAUUGAACUCUAUCUGAGAAGUAGUUGGUGAACCAGGCGAGGCAGUCAUUUGAGAAACCAAGGCUAUUUAGUCUGCCAAUAAGAAUGCGGUGGUUGACAGAGUCGAAAGCCUUGGCCAGGUCGAUGAAGACGGCUGCACAGUACUGUCUAUUAUCGGUCGCGGUUAUAAUAUCGUUUAGGACCUUGAGCGUGGCUGAGGUGCACCCAUGACCAGCUCGGAAACCGGAUUGCAUAGCGUAGAAGGUACGGUGGGAUUCGAAAUGGUCGGUGAUCUGUUUGUUAUAUUGGCUUUCAAAUACUUUCGAAAGGCAGGGCAGGAUGGAUAUAGGUCUGUAACAGUUUGGAUCUAGAGUGUCACCCCCUUUGAAGAGGGGGAUGACCGCGGCAGCUUUCCAAUCUUUGGGGAUCUCAGACGUUACGAAAGAGAUGUUGAACAGGCUAGUAAUAGGGGUUGCGACAAUUUCGGCGGCUAAUUUUAGAAAGAAAGGGUCCAGAUUGUCCAGCCCAGAUGAUUUGUAGGGGUCCAGAUUUUGCAGCUCUUUCAGAACAUCAGCUGUCUGAAUUUGUGUGAAGGAGAAGCGGUUCUCGAUUAUUGUAGAUUUAUCGGUGGUGAUAGUGUUUCCUAGCCUCAGUGCAGUGGGCAGCUGGGAGGAUGUGCUCUUAUUCUCCAUGGACUUUACAGUGUCCCAAAACUUUUUGGAGUUAGUGCUACAGGAUGCAAAUUUCUGUUUGAAAAAGCUAGCCUUUGCUUUGCUUUCCUAACUGCUUGUGUAUAUUGGUUCCUAACUUCCCUGAACAGUUGCAUAUCGCGGGGGCUAUUCGAUGCUAAUGCAGUACGCCACAGGAUGUUUUUGUGCUGGUCAAGGGCAGUCAAGUCUGAGGAGAACCAGGGGCUAUAUCUGUUCUUAGUUCUGAAUUUUUUGAAUGGGGCAUGCUUAUUAAAGCACUUUUAAAGAACAACCAGGUAUCCUCUACUGACAGAAUGAGAUCGAUAUCCAUCCAGGAUACCUGGGCCAGGUCAAUUAGGAAGGCCUGCUCGCUAAAGUGUUUUAGGGAGCGUUUGACAGUAAUGAGGGGUGGUCGUUUGACCGCGGACCCGUUACGGACGCAGACAAUAAGGCAGUGAUCGCUGAGAUCCUGGUUGAAGACAGCGGAGGUGUAUUUAGAGGGUAAGUUAGUCAGGAUGAUAUCUAUAAGGGUGCCCAUGUUUACGGAUUUAGGGUUGUUUACGGAUUUAGGGUUGUACCUGGUAGGUUCCUUGAUAAUUUGUGUGAGAUUGAGGGCAUCUAGUUUGGAUUGUAGGAUGGCCGGGGUGUUAAGCAUACCCCAAUUUAGGUCACCAAGCAGUACGAACUCUGAGGAUAGAUGGGUGGGCAAUCAAUUCACAUAUGGUGUCCAGGGCACAGCUGGGGGCUGAGGGGGGUCUGUAGCAAGCGGCAACAGUGAGAGACAUUUCUGGAAAGGUGGAUUUUUAGAAGUAGGAGCUCAAACUGUUUGGGCACAGACCUGGAUAGUAUGAUAGAGCUCUGCAGGCUAUCUCUACAGUAGAUUGCAACUCCACCCCCUUUGGCAGUUCUAUCUAGACAGAAAAUGUUGUAGUUGGGGAUGGACAUUUCCUAAGCCAGGACACUGCUAGAACAUCAGGGUUGGCGGAGUGUGCUAACGCAGUGAAUAACUCAAACUUAGGGAGGUGGCUUCUACGGUUACAGAAGUCAACGAAUGAUAGCUCCUGGGGAGUAGGAGUGAUACUGGGGGCUGCAGGGCCUGGGUUAACCUCUACAUCACCAGAGGAACAGAGGAGGACUAGAAUAAGGAUACGGCUAAAGGCUUUAAGAACUGGUCUUCUAGUGCGUUGGGUACAGAGAAUAAAGGGGGCAGAUUUCCGGGCGUUGUAGAAUAGAUUCAGGGCAUUAUGUACAGACAAGGAUAUGGAAGGAUAUGAGUACAGUGGAGGUAAACCUAAGCGUUGGGUAACAAUGAAAGAGAUAGCAUCACUGGAGGCACCGAUUGAGCUGGUCUCCGCGUGUAUUGUGGGUGGAACAAAGGAGCUAUUUGAGGCAGUUUGAGAGGGACUUGGGGUUCUACAGUGAAAUUGGAUAGAGGAGGCAGACUCAAUACUGGACUGAGGAGGCAGACUCAAUACUGGACUGAGGAGGCAGACUCAAUACUGGACAGACGAGGCAGACUCAAUACUGGAUAGACGAGGCAGACUCAAUACUGGACUGAGGAGGCAGACUCAAUACUGGACAGACGAGGCAGACUCAAUACUGGACUGAGGAGGCAGACUCAAUACUGGACAGACGAGGCAGACUCAAUACUGGAUAGACGAGGCAGACUCAAUACUGGACUGAGGAGGCAGACUCAAUACUGGACAGACGAGGCAGACUCAAUACUGGACUGAGGAGGCAGACUCAAUACUGGACUGAGGAGGCAGACUCAAUACUGGAUAGACGAGGCAGACUCAAUACUGGACUGAGGAGGCAGACUCAAUACUGGACAGACGAGGCAGACUCAAUACUGGACUGAGGAGGCAGACUCAAUACUGGACUGAGGAGGCAGACUCAAUACUGGACAGACGAGGCAGACUCAAUACUGGACAGACGAGGCAGACUCAAUACUGGACAGACGAGGCAGACUCAAUACUGGACAGAGGAGACAGACUCAAUACUGGAUAGAGGAGGCAGACUCAAUACUGGACAGACGAGGCAGACUCAAUACUGCAUAGAGGAGGCAGACUCAAUACUGGAUAGAGGAGGCAGACUCAAUACUGGAUAAACGAGACAGACUCAAUUCUGCAGGAUUGUUUUGAGAAUACUGAUUGGAAUAUGUUCAAAUAUUCAUCCACCCAGGACUCAUCCAUCAACAGUGAGGAAUAUACAUUGUCAGUCACAGGCUGUAUUUUCUGGCAUCCCUGGCCGGGUCCUGUCCCAGGCUGUAUUUUCUGUCAUCCCUGGCCGGGUCCUGGCCCAGGCUGUAUUUUCUGGCAUCCCUGGCCGGGCCCUGGCCCAGGCUGUAUUUUCUGGCAUCCCUGGCCGGGUCCUGUCCCAGGCUGUAUUUUCUGGCAUCCCUGGCCGGGUCCUGUCCCAGGCUGUAUUUUCUGUCAUCCCUGGCCGGGUCCUGGCCCAGGCUGUAUUUUCUGGCAUCCCUGGCCGGGUCCUGUCCCAGGCUGUAUUUUCUGGCAUCCCUGGCCGGGUCCUGUCCCAGGCUGUAUUUUCUGUCAUCCCUGGCCGGGUCCUGGCCCAGGCUGUAUUUUCUGGCAUCCCUGGCCGGGUCCUGUCCCAGGCUGUAUUUUCUGGCAUCCCUGGCCGGGUCCUGUCCCAGGCUGUAUUUUCUGGCAUCCCUGUCCGGGUCCUGGCCCAGAUGACAUUGUCAACCUGUCCCUGUCCCACAGUGUAGUCCCCACCUGCUUCUAGGAGACCACCAUCAUCCCAGUGCCCUAAAAACAAGGUGACAUGCCCAAAUUACUAUCGCCCCGUUGCACUCACCCGCCGGUCAUCAUGAAGUGCUUUGAGAGGCUGUUCAUGGCCCACAUCAAGGCCACCAUGCCAGGUACUCUGGACCCACUCCAAUCUGCCCACCGCUCCAACAGAUCCAUGGAAGAUACCAUUUCCAUCGCUAUUCACAUGGCCGUAACACAUCUGGACAAGAGAAACAGGCUGCUGUUCAUUGACUAGAGUUCAGCAUUCACCACCAAGCUCAGAGCCCUGGGUCUGGACACCACCCUCUGCAACUGGAUCCUAGACUUCCUGACAGGCAGACCACAGGCUGUGAGGAUUGGCAACACCACCUCCUCCACACUGACUCUUAACACAGGGCUCCCCCCAGGGGUGUGUCCUCAGCCCUCUGCUGUACUCCCUGUUCACCCAUGACUGCGUGGCUUUGCACGACAACAACUCCAUCAUCAAGUUUGCUGACGACACCACUGUUGUAGGCCUGAUAACCAACAACGAUGAGUCAGCCUAUAGGGAGGAGGUAAGUGAACUGGCAUUGUGGUGCCAGGACAACAACCUCUCCCUCUACGUCAGCAAAACAAAGGAGUUGAUUGUUGACUUCAGGAAGCAGAAGAGUGAACAUGCCCCGAUCCACAUCAACGGGACUACAGUAGAGAGUCAGCAGUUUUAAGUUCCUCGGCGUCCACAUCACCGAGGACUUGACAUGGACCAACAACACCACACUCUUGGCAUUCUCUCAACCAGCUUCUAAUUGGAAUGCAUUCCAGGUGAUUACCUCAUGAAGCUGGUUGAGAGAAUGCCAAGAGUGUGCAAAGCUGUCAUCAAGGCAAAGGGUGGCUAUUUGAAGAAUCUCAAAUAUAUUUUGAUUUGUUUAACACUUUUUUGGUUACUACAUGAUUCCAUAUGUGUUAUUUCAUAGUUUUGAUGUCUUCACUAUUAUUCUACAACGUAGAAAAUAUAAAACAUUAAGAAAAACACUUGAAUGAGUAGGUGUUCUAAAACUUUUGACCAGUAGUGUAUCUGCUUGCUGAUGAUCC